CGAUAUAUCGAUUGCAGGCUCUCUGCCUAUAUUACCAGCUCUAGAAGGCUAAAUUUUAAUUAAGCAAAAUAAACGCAAUGUUCGGCGUUUGAGUCCGUUGGAAGUAAAUAGGUUUAACGUGCCAUGCCGGGCAGUGCCUGAAAAGCAGUAGCCAUUUUUUUGGCAAAAAAAAAACAGCAGCAGCUACAAAAAAUUUCCUUGCGUGUUUGGCAAGGAAAACAGCAUACACACACACACACACCAACACACACACAGAACAAAGGACGCCAGAAAAAAAAAAACAAACACAAAGAGCGCAGCUUUUCCUGAAAUUGGGUCGCGCCUUUGGAGAGCUGGCUGGAUUUUGUUAUUGCUGUUUUUUUUUUGACUCGCUGUUGCUGUUGUUGCUUUGGCAGACACCUAAAAUGUUAUGGCAACUCCCCCAUCAAUAAACAACUUAAAACCCUCAAAGGAUACCCAGUUUGAAGGAGUUAUUUAAACCCUUCUAUCCAAUAAAAAAAAAACCAAAACUCCAAUUCCAACUCCAGUAAAGAACGUGAAUUCCAAGUCAAGAUGAGCAUUGUGGGCAAGAAAUUAAAUCCCGUUCAAUCCACAAGUGCUGCAACUGCCGCCUCGUCCACCACCAACGCGUCCGGCUCUACUGGGGAUAGCGGUGAUGCUAACGGAAGUGGGGCCGGAACAUCGGGAAACGCUGGCGCUCCUGGUGGGGGAACUGCAAUGGAUUCAAAGCGCCUAGGGGGUCCGGUGGGUGCGGAAGGCUGUAGCGUUAGUCCAGAGGAUGUGCUGCACCUCACCACGAUCACGGACGACUAUCUAUGCUCCGCCAAUGCAAAUGUGUUCGAGAUUGAUUUCACACGCUUCAAAAUCCGCGAUCUAGAGAGCGGCGCUGUACUGUUCGAGAUCGCCAAGCCACCGAGUGAACAAUUUCCAGACGGCCUAUCCGUCGAGGAGACAAUGCUAGCAGCGGCUGAGGAACUGACGCUGGAGGACACUGCCGAUCCCAAUGCUGGGCGUUAUGUGCGCUAUCAGUUUACGCCAGCAUUCCUAAACCUCAAAACAGUUGGUGCCACUGUGGAGUUCACCGUCGGAAGUCAACCUGUUAACAAUUUCCGAAUGAUCGAGAGGCACUUCUUUCGAGAUCGCCUGCUAAAGACGUUUGACUUUGAGUUUGGCUACUGCAUUCCAUACUCUAAAAACACCUGUGAGCACAUCUACGAGUUUCCAAAUCUACCACCCGACUUAGUGUCUGAAAUGAUAUCGAGCCCCUUUGAGACGCGCUCGGACAGCUUUUACUUUGUGGAAAACAGACUAGUCAUGCAUAAUAAAGCCGACUACGCUUACGAUGGAGGGAUUAUAGUGUAGACUUUGAAGAAACUUUGAAGGCUUGCAAAAGUCUCAAAAAUUGAAGGAAACUCAUGAGGAAAUGCAGGAGUCAAUAACUACAACCUAUGUAAUCUAUUGAUGGACAGCGAACUAGAAAAAAAAAACUGAUAAAACUUAUUUAAACAAAAUUUCGAAGAAUGACUUAUCCCACACUCGAAUGCACAAGGACACUACAACACUCACAACACAUAAUUGAGAACGGUGUCACAGCCAUUUCUUUUAGCCUUAGCACAAGACAUUUAUUAGCCAUUCUUGUUUGGUGUAUUUGGCUAUGAUCUAAUGAAACCGUCAAAAAAGACACACACUAAUCACGUGAAACUGUGUUCAUUAUAAAUGAUUUCAACUUUGACUGUAUAAUUUUAAGCGCAAUGUAACUUUCCCUAAUUUUAACAUAUUUGUAUUUAUAUCGUUAUUUAUUCGUAAGAUAAGAAAUCUACGCCCUACACACUCACCUGAACACAUUCGUAUAUGAAUAUACAUCCAGAACUAUGUAUAUUCACAUACAAGAAAUAAAAACAAAAACAAAUCGUGAA